AUGACUUCACAGACCAUUUUCAGAACACUCCUUGAAAGACCAAACGUCAUAAGCUCAAAGUACCAGGCUAAACAAUUGCAUGCCCAAAUUCUUAAAUUGGAGCCCUCCUCUCCCGCUCACCUCUCCAGGCUAAUUUCUAUCUACUCCAACUUCAACCUCUUACACGAAUCUCUUUUUGUCUUCAACACCCUCCACUCCCCACCAGUUCUUGCUUAUAAAUCCAUCAUCAGAUGCUAUGUUGCCAAUGGCCUUCUUGUUCAAUCACUGGACUUGUUUUUGCAAAUGAGAUCUUCUGGUAAAAAACCAGAUCAUAAUGUGUUCCCUUCUUUACUUAAAUCAUGCACAUUGUUAUCGGAUUUAAAAUUAGGCGAGUCUGUUCAUGGCUGCAUUAUUAGGUUGGGCAUGGACUUUGAUUUGUAUACAUGCAAUGCCCUUAUGAAUAUGUACGGAAAAUUUCAGAAAGUGUUUAGUGACAAGUUUAGGAUUGAACAAAAUGUGAGCUUGAAUCAAGCUAGAUACAUUUUGCCUCAAACUAAUGCAAAUAGCACAAUCAUCAAUCAGCGUUAUAGCAAAACAAAUUGUAGGUAUAUGGUAGAGGUGGAUAGAAGGGGUUCAAUAAUGGAUAGUGUGAAAAGGGUUUUUGAGAUGAUGCCAAAAAGAGAUGUUGUUUCGUGGAAUACAGUAAUUGCAGGGAAUGCAGAGACUGGAAAGUAUGAAGAAGCUUUAAUGAUGGUUAGAGAGAUGGGAAGUGAAAAUUUGAAGCCUGAUUCUUUCACUUUGUCUAGCGUGCUUCCCAUCUUGGCAGAAUAUGUGGAUGUUCACAAGGGGAAGGAGAUUCAUGGAUAUGCCAUAAGACAUGGCUUUGACAAUGAUGUCUUUAUUGGUAGUAGCUUAGUUGACAUGUAUGCAAAGUGUGCUCGAGUGGAAGAUGCCCUCCAGGUGUUUAACAUUUUACCUCAACGUGAUAGCAUUUCAUGGAACUCUAUUGUUGCUGGGUGCGUGCAGAAUGGUUUAUUUGAUGAAGGCUUGAGAUUCUUUCACCAGAUGUUGAAAGCCAAAGUUAAGCCUGUACCCAUUUCCUUUUCCAGUAUCAUGCCAGCUUGUGCUAAUCUCACUGCAUUACAUUUGGGAAAGCAGCUCCAUGGAUUCAUAAUCAGAGUUGGAUAUGAAGACAAUAUGUUUGUUGCUAGUUCACUUGUAGACAUGUAUGCCAAAUGCGGGUAUAUUAAGGUAGCUAGAUGGAUUUUUGAUAGAAUGGAUGUACAUGACAUGGUGUCGUGGACAGCUAUAAUCAUGGGAUAUGCAUCGCAUGGCCAAGCUUAUUAUGCCGUUUCUUUAUUUGAGCAGAUGGAAAUGGAGGGAGUGAGGCCAACCUAUGUGGCUUUUGUGGCUGUAUUGACUGCUUGUAGUCACGCUGGCAUGAUAGAUGCAGCCUGGAGAUAUUUUAACAGUAUGACUCAGAAUUAUGGGAUUGAUCCAGGGUUGGAACACUAUGCUGCCAUGGCAGACCUUCUUGGUCGAGCAGGAAAGUUGGAUGAAGCCUUUGAGUUAAUAUCCAGUAUGCAUAGACCUGCGGGGAGUGUUUGGUCGUCAUUGCUUUCUGCUUGUAGCGUCCACGGAAAUUUUGACUUGGCUGAAAAGGUUGCCAAGAAGAUAUUUGAGGUUGAUCCAGAAAACACUGGGGCAUAUGUUCUCUUGUGCAACAUAUAUGCAGCUGCUCAGAGAUGGAAAGAUGCAGCCAAGUUGCGAUACCUUAUGAGGAAUAAGGGCAUAAAGAAAACAACUGCUUUCAGCUGGAUUAAAGUUAAAAACGACACACAUGCUUUUGUAUCAGGAGAUAAAUCCCACCCAUGUUAUGACGAAGUAAAUGAGACAUUGAAUGUCUUACUAGAGAAGAUGGAAGAAGAAGGAUACGUUCCUGAUAGAAAUGAGGUGCUUCAAGAUGUCGAGAGUGCAGAAGAAAUCCCCUAUUGUUUAGCCACAAAGAGACAGUUGCCUAGUUUUGGCAUCAUCAGCUCCUUUCUGGGACAACAAUUUGAGUAA